AUGUUAAAUACAACAUUGCAUCCUAUAAUAAAGAAAUCGAUAAAUUAUGAAAAUUUUUUUUUAGGAAUUAAUAAUAUAAAUGUAAACCAUUGUAAUAAAUAUUAUUUUUCAAAAAAAGAAGAAAAAUGUAAAAGAAUAUAUUAUGCAAAUAAUACUAUUAAUAUAUUUGUAUUAUUAUUUUUGCUUUCAUUGUUGUAUUUUUUCUUACAAUCAACAUUUAAAUUACAAGGUCAAGUAAUAUGUAUAUUAGGUCUUAAUAGAAAUUAUCCAAGAAAAUUAAUUGAGCGUGAAUAUUUUUAUAGAAAAAAAAAUAAUUUUAAUGAACUGAAAAGGAGGAUAAGCGAAGAAGAAAUUUAUGAUAUGUGGUGUCGUUACAUGAAUUAUAUGGAAGAAGAAGAUUGCAAUGAUAUUUAUAUAAAAAUUGAAGAAGAAUGGAAGAAUAUUACUGAAGAGUAUAAAAUUGAAAAGAAAUGGUCAAAAAAAAUUCUGAAAGUUUGGUAUACAGAACUAUCUAGGGAAUUGUUAUAUAAAUAUCUUCAAGAAUAUAGAGAGCUUGAGAAUAAACAAAAUGAUACAUAUACAUUAGGAGAUCAUAUAGAAUUUUUGAAUGAAAAAUUGAAUCAAUGGAGAAAUGACAGAUACAUUAUAAUGGAUAAAUGGAAAACAUUUAGAGAAGAAGCUACACAUAUAUGGAAUGAAUAUAUAUUAGAAACUUCUGAAAAAGAAGAGAAGGGAAACAAUGAAAAAGUGAUAGAAUCAUUAAAAAAAAGAAUAUCCAUAUCAGAAAAACAAGAAAUAAAAAAUGAUACUAAAAAUUGUAAAUCAAGUGUUAUUACAUAA